AUGUGGGACCCGUCGCGCGGCGAGGACCAGGGCAUCAAGCACUUUGUCAUCAAACAACACGAAGGAGGGAAGGUGUCGAUCGAGAAGUUCACGUUCGACUCGAUCUCGGCAAUGGUCGACUACCAUAAGAAGCAGAAAGAGAGCAUCUCCAAGUCGAAUGAUGUCCUCCUCACCACCCCCAUCAAUCGACAGCCAUGGGAGCUCAACCAUGCCGAUAUCGAGUGCACCAAGAAGUUGGGAGAGGGCGCUUUUGGAGAAGUGCACAAGGGGAAGCUCAAGCUCAAGAACGGCAAGACGGUCGAUGUCGCUGUUAAAUUGGCGAAGCUCGAGGUGCUCACCAAGGAGCAGAUCAAGGAGAUUAUGCGCGAGGCGCGGCUGAUGCGCAACUUUGAGCACCCGCACGUCGUCAAGUUCUACGGCGUGGCCGCCGGCCAGGAGCCGCUGAUGGUGGUGAUGGAGCUGGCGAACCAGGGCGCCCUCGACUCGUUCCUCCAGAAGAAUGCCUGCCCCAUGGAAAAGAAGCUCGAGAUGAUCGUUCAGUCGGCGUGGGGCAUCGAGUAUCUGCACCUGAAGGAGGUGCUCCAUCGUGAUAUCGCCGCCCGAAACUGUCUCUACGGUGACAACCGCGUGAAGAUCUCCGACUUUGGGUUGACCCGUGAGGGUACCGUAUACCAGAUGGACCCCCAUCGUCGUGUUCCCAUUCGCUGGCUGGCCCCGGAGACGCUGCGCAACGCCAUCUACACGCAGAAGACGGACGUGUUCGCCUACGGGAUCAUGUGCUGGGAGAUUCUGAACAACGGCGUCGAGCCGUACCCCGGGAUGACGGUGGCCGAGGUGAACGUCAAGGUGAAGGAGGGAUACCGGAUGGAUCUGCCACCGGAUAUGCCGCCCGACGUCAAGCAGAUUAUCGAAGUGAAGUGCUGGUCCGACAACCCCAAUGACCGCUUCACCAUGAAGGACAUCUCCAACAAAAUUGGCUCGCCGGGCCCUUCGAUCCGGUCGUCCGGAGGGGCGGUGGCCGGAGUGGGAAAUGGGAGGACGAUCCCGCUGAAGCUGAGGCUCGGCAAGAAGAGCGGCAGAUACGACCUAUCGCAAGAUGUCUACGUGCUGGCCGUAAAUAUCGGGGAUAAACCGGUGAUACAAUGUACGCUGAGUACGGAGAGUACGGCACGAGAAUGUAUCGAAUAUAUACAACAGAAGAGAGGGCUGCAACAGAUCCACAUGUUCGGCCUGCGGUUCCAGAUGCGCUCACAAGAUCCGGAUGAACGCAUCUUUCGCUGGGUGGAAAUGGAUCGGCCGUUGAGGAAGCAGCUCGAAAAAUGGGGUUGCAAACCACGUCAAGUGCAGCUGGCAGUACUCUACCAUACGCCCAACCCAUUCAUUCUCACCGACCCGAUGGCUAGAUCGUACUACUUUCUGCUAAUGAAACUCGACGUCGUUGAGGGCCGACUCACAAUGGAUAUGGAGAAUUAUAUCGGUUUAGCCGCCCAUAGUUUACAAGCGGAAUACGGUGACUACGAUAAGGAAUCGAUGACGAUCGACUAUAUGCAGACGAUUCCGCUAUUGCCGAAGGAUGCGUUCCCCACGUGGCACCGUAAUAUCAUCGAGGACCGGAAUGCGGCUUAUAAAGCAUACCUGCCAAACGCCGUCGAAAUCGAGCCGCUGAAGCCGUUCGUGAGCGCGGUCCGGGCGAAGGAUGGCGUCCAGAGGAAGAUCCUUGGCUCUACGCCAGAAAUGCGGCAGCUCGGCACAAGAAUGGAGGGCAACCACGAGCAGCUCCUCAAAUUUAUGAUGGCCCAGGACCCGCCCCGUCCCUCGUUCCAAUCGACCCCAAAUCUGAUGGAUGUCCGAUUACAGCCCGGGAUGGGAACGUUUAUGGGAAUGCCUCGCCUCGCCACGGCCACUCGCGUACUCCCCCACCAAGAUAGCAGCGAAACGCAGGCGACGAUUGAAUCGAACGCCUCCUCCCAGAUGCGGUUGUACGAAGAGGCAUCCCAACCGGGAACCUCCCGCCAAAUGGGUAUAAAUAUGGAACAUCGAGAAUUUCACGGCGAGGCCAAAGGCGCAUUAGCCCUGCUCAUCGAAAAGAAGCUGCUCGGCCCGAUGGAUGCGUUGAGCCGGGAAUUUCUAUUAAUCCCCAACAAGCGAAUCACGGCCGGUACGGCGACCAGCAGCAAACCGGAGAAUUUGAACAAAAAUCGCACGCGCUCAAUUCUACCGUACGAAGACAACCGCGUCGUCCUUCAAUCCCACAAAAAGAACUCCACUGGAUAUGUCAACGCCAGUAAUGUGGAGGUACCGCUGAACGGCCAGAAGUUGCACUACAUCUUGGCCCAGGCUCCGAUGAGGGGUACCGUCGACGAUUUCUGGGCGACGAUCUGGGAAUCGAACGUGAACGUGGUGGUGAUGUUGUGCGAGGCUACGAUCGAAGCCGGCCCGAACGCGCCGAUCUACUGGCCCGGCAAUUCCAAUUCCAAGGUGGAAACCAGAGAUCUGGAGGUGCGCUUCAAAUCGCUGUCCGCCGCGGAGAAUGAGGUGACGACCGUACUCCAAUUGCGACACAAAAACGGUUCGAAGCGUACGGUCUACCAUAUGAGAUUCGUGGGAUGGCCGACCGGUGGGACGCCGAGAGAGGGGCCGUUAUUAGCCUUCAUGGACUCGGUCUCGGCCAUGCAACGAAAUGUCACCGCCCGAGAUUCGUGUAAAAUCAAUGUUGAGCGAGCUACGAGCCCAGAGUCAGGCAGCCCGCUGAAACGACAAAAAUCAGAGGAUUUAUCGAUAUGGAGAAGACGGCUGAACUCGCUGUCAAUCAUUAACAUUGGCCACUCAACGAAUUCGAGCGAGUCAUCGAGCGAUUCCGGUGCCCCGCCGAGCCCUGGCAAAAAUUGUGAUGUGGACGAGAAUUCGGCUCAUUCCCCGCUCCUCAUCCACUGCUACUCGGGCUCGCACGAGAGCGGCGUGUACCUGCUUGCCGAUGUGCUCAUCUACUGCGCCGAGCACAAUUUGCCGGUCGACAUCCCCGGACUGCUCGGCAAUCUUCGAGCCCAGCGGAUGUCGUUGGUGAAAACGGUGGAGCAGUACAGCUUUGUCUACUCCCUCCUCCACGCAUACCUCAACCGCUCGCGCCUCAUC